CUUGGAGACUUGGAGUUGGAGGUGCUAAGAUUGGAUUUGGGGUGGGUUGCGUUGCAAUUCUUUUGGACGAUUUUGAGAUUCCCGGCCUUCAGCGGUCAUCGUGGGAUAUGGGGAAACGGCAAAAAUGUGAUGGGAAAGUGACGGGAACAAGCAUAGGGAAUACAACCUGGGAAAGGGGGGGCGUGUGAGCAAGACAGAGAGGUUGAUGGCAAGGGUAGCUUUGCGGGUUCAAGUGGUGAGAGCCUCGAGUUGUUGGAGACUAAACUGAUGAUUGGGCUCUGCAGGGAAGCUCUUUCGUCGUUCUGGCUGACGUUGUCACUCAAAGGUCACUCGACCUCAAAGGUACUUUGGGGGGACGGGACGGGCUGGAUCCAGACUGAGAGAGCGAGCGAGCAGGGCGGCGGCGCCAGCGGCAGACAGAGCCAAGCAGAGAGAGGUGAGGUGAUGCAAGGACAUGAAAGAAGGUCGCAGCGCAUGUGCUGCUGCUGCGCUGUGCUGCGCAGCCAUCUCAUUUGAGUGAUUCUGUCAGGAAUGAGAAGUGACGAAAGGAGGGGGGGACCUGGAAGGGGGGUGUCGGCCAAGUAUUAUGUAGAGUCUACAAAGCAAAC